UCGGCAGUUUCCGGAAAUGCGGCCGUCUACUGGCAAAUGAGCCGAGGCUCGGCUGUCGUCGUAUCACUAGUCCUCCUCUCCGUGUUGUUGUUCUCGGUGACGCGACGGAGGUGUAGCCUGACGCGGUCUCUUACGUGUCGGUCUGAAUAAAAGUGGAGCUCCGUAGACCCGGGAGUGACGAAGCGAGUCUGUGUUGAAUUUAAAUGACAAUGGAAGCCUGUGCUGAUACACAGCCAAGUGGUGAAACGGGUGUGAAGCAGGAGUCGGACAUUACCUUGGCCCAGGCCUCCAUCGCAGCAGGCCAGGUGACAUCCAGCAGUCCCACCGUCGCCUUGGUGCAGUUGCCCAACGGCCAGACUGUCCAAGUGCACGGGGUGAUCCAAGCUGCCCAGCCCUCGGUCAUACAACCCCCUCAGGUCCAAGCCGUACAGAUUUCAACAGUUGCCGAGAGCGAGGACUCCCAGGAGUCCGUCGACAGUGUCACAGAUUCUCAAAAGAGGAGAGAAAUCCUGUCCAGACGGCCGUCAUACAGGAAAAUUCUAAACGACUUAUCAUCUGACGCUCCAGCAGUUCCGUGUAUCGAGGAAGAGAAAUCAGAGGACGACACGGCCCCAGCAAUCACCACCGUCACCAUGCCGACACCCAUCUACCAGACCAGCAGCGGCCAGUACAUCGCCAUUACCCAAGGAGGUGCGAUCCAGUUGGCCAAUAAUGGCACAGACGGCGUUCAGGGCCUGCAAACGCUCACCAUGGCCAACGCUGCCGCAGCCCAGCCUGGUGCCACCAUUCUGCAAUACGCUCAGACCAGUGAUGGCCAGCAGAUCCUGUUGCCCAGCAACCAGGUGGUCGUACAAGCCUCCUCCGGAGAUGUUCAGGCUUAUCAGAUCCGCACCACGCCGACCAGCGCCAUCACCCCGGGGGUUGUCAUGGCCACCUCGCCUGCAUUGGGCACAGGCACGGGGACUGAGGAAGUUACGCGUAAAAGGGAGGUGCGCCUGAUGAAAAACAGGGAGGCCGCCCGGGAGUGUCGCAGGAAGAAGAAGGAGUAUGUCAAGUGUUUGGAGAACCGCGUGGCCGUGCUGGAGAACCAGAAUAAAACCCUCAUUGAGGAACUUAAAGCACUAAAAGACUUGUACUGCCACAAGUCUGAGUAGACCGCCACAAACCUGCCAGCCGGCCCCGCCCCAUGUACAGAGACUCCGCACAGAGCCAUGCAUAUGGAUGCCGCUCUCCCUUUUUCUACUUGUUUUGCUUUCUGUUAAAAAACUGCAAGAAAGUAAUUGUGUGACCCAUUAUGAAAAAAAAUACGUUGGAAUUCUGCUCCCAUAACAAUGUGGAGAGAGAGGAAGGAGCGUGCGCAUCAACACACAGGAUCCUUGUGGGGGAGUCAAACACGGGAGGCUACAGAUUCUGGGACGAUGUCAUGGAGCGACUAAAAAAAAAAAAAGACUAAACGGUUCCCCCGCCGCCGUGGUACACGGCACACUUGGAGAUCUCACGUCAUUGGAACUUUGCUUUAGCAUCCUGCUUUGGACACUGUAGAUGAGCUUGCGUCAUGGAUGUUUUAUCUUUUCAGCUGUGUUUCUGCUCUUCAAAUGCCAUGUCCGCACCCAGAUGCUAUCUUUGCCUUGAUCCAUGAACAAAAAUACUAACCUUUUCAGUUACACCGUGAAUGCAACAGAAAACGCAAACAAGCGUCUUUUUCCUCUUUUUUUUUCUUUACUGACGUGGUGUCUCCAAACUGAUUACUGCAGGGUCAUUAUUUUUUGUUUUUUUUACUGAUGUGCACCCAUUUUUAAAAAACAAAAAACAUGGAAUUCCACAAGUGUUUACAAUUUAAAAAAAAAAUGGGGAGAACUGACACAAAGUGUGAGAUCCAAGUAUGUGAGGGGAAAAAUGUUUUUGUAUUGUGGCUUUUAUUCUAAUCUAUUAUUGCUGAUGUAGUUAUUUUUAAAAAUAAAAACCAAAAAUAAUGAGCCCUGCUUACAACUUGUUAUGCAAUAGAAGAAAUACAUGAUUGCAGAUGUAUUUUAACUUCAAAGACUUUAUUGGGAACGUUUGUAAAGUUCUAAUAAGACGAGGCGACGUGUGCACUUUUCCUUGCUGAAACAAUCCAGAUACAUUUCACGUUAUUUACCAGCUUCAUCCCACGCAGCGCUAAUUGAUCAUUACAUGCUUUGCUUUUUCACAAUCAUGGCAUAUUUGCAAGAGGAUUGUAAAGUGCAACCAAACCACGGAGACUUCACGACGGGAUGCCAUAUUGUACUUUUUAUAGUCAUUACUUUUUAUGUUAUGUGGCUUUUCAUUCAUUUUCAGUCAGAACAAGUUUAUGUCAGCACCAAUGUAUACCAUACUUUGUUACAGCUGGUAAUAAAAAUGUUUCUGCUAA